AUCAUGACCAAAUCAUUUCAAUUUUCAUUCUCUUUAAAAUUGGUUACUUCCAAACUGAUAUAUCUUUACCCCAUUUCAAGCUUAAGUUGUAGUUCUAGAGGUGGUGUCCUUUUGUAAUUUUGGGAGGCUGAAAAGCCCAUCACCAUCCAAUGUUUGUUUGCCUGCUCAUGGCCCCUCUCUCCACCCAUCACUCCCAAUCUCGGCAUCCCCAUCCCCCACUCCGCGGUGUUCCCAACGCCGCUGCUAGCCAGAAAUCGCUGUAGCAAAGUGAGAACCUAGAACACCGACAGCGUUAACAUAGCCAGUGCCAACGAGUUUGAAGAUACCUGAACAAAAUAAGGAAUUUAGAUAACAGCAUUUGUCCAUCAGACAUUGUGGCAGAUGGUGUGUUUGCUUUGCUGCCUCCAUUGUUUUGCUGAUUUGCAUAUCCACUCCCACCUCUUCCUCAUUUGCAUACAGCGAGAAUGGCGAGCGGGCACCCUACUGACAAAUACAGUUUCAUGUACCAACCAGACACGCACAAGAGUAAGAACAGAUUAUCCAGCAGUAUGAAUCCUGUCUACAGUCCUGUUCAGCCUGGAGCUCCCUACGGUAACCCCAAGAACAUGGCCUACACAGGCUACCCAGGAGGUUACCCCACUGCUGCUCCAACCUACACACCCAACCUCUACCAAACGGGUAGUCCAGGCUACCCACCAGGAUACACAACAGCGGGUACUCCAUAUAAAGUGCCCCCCACCCAGAUGAACGGAGCCCCCCCGCCCUACUCCCCCUCCCCCAACCCCUACCAGACAGCCAUGUACCCCAUCAGAAGUGCCUACCCCCAGCAGAGCAUGCAGAACCUGCAGAACUUAUAUGCACAGGCAGCAUCGUAUUAUGGCCAGCCAGUGUAUGCGGCUCAGCCCUAUGCGUAUUACACCCAGCCUGUGUAUGCUGCUCAGCCUCAGCCACAUGUAAUCCACCACACCACAGUGGUUCAGCCAAACAGCCUGCCCUCAGCCCUCUACCCCGCCCCGGUCCAAGCCCCUAGAAACAACGGAAUGGCUGCCAUGGGGAUGGUUGCCGGGACCACCAUGGCUAUGAGUGCAGGAACCCUGCUGACCACACCUCAGCACGCUCAGCUGGGAACGCACCAACACGUCACCAUGCCACAGUACCGGCCCCAGGGCACACCUGGAUACAGCUAUGUCCCUCCCCACUGGUAGAACCCCCCCCCCACCCCACGAGAAAUCUGGAGUCCGACAUGGUAUGCAACUACUCCAGUCUUACACGGGCUUCUCACAGUCACCAUGGCAACCUCACACCUGUCUGCAACAACAAAACUAAAGGCAACGGACACUUGCUGCAUUCUCUAGGGUUUUACAGAAGCUGCUUGAUAUUUUUAUGUUUACUCAACGAUUAUUUUCUUUUUGUCCUUUGAUUCGCCAAUAUGUCGUGUCAUUACAUUGUUUUCCACAUUCUUACAUCAUCAUUGGAACUCCAGAGUGAUUGACCAAUCACGAGUGUCUGUUGCUCUGCUCGUGUGCUGUGUGCUGCUGCUGUGUGUCAGUGGUGGGAAUGUACUGGUCACGUGCUGCUCCAUCCCUGUCAUCAUCACCAGCUGAUGCUGCCAAAUGUUCUAACCAUUAGAUAUCAGCACAGUGCUUUGAUUGAAUUCAGAAAGAUUUGUUUUAAUCCCUUACUUUUCCUUUCCAACAAAGCACUGUGUUGGAACAGCUUACCUGUCGUUUUCUUUACAUCCUGUGUGUUGGAACAACUUACCUGUCGUUUUCUUUACAUCCUGUGUGUUGGAACAGCUUACCUGUCGUUUUCUUUACAUCCUGUGUGUUGGAACAGCUUACCUGUCGUUUUCUUUACAUCCUGUGUGUUGGAACAGCUUACCUGUCGUUUUCUUUACAUCCUGUGUGUUAGAACAGCUUACCUGUCGUUUUCUUUACAUCCUGUGAGUUGGAACAGCUUACCUGUCGUUUUCUUUACAUCCUGUGAGUUGGAACAGCUUACCUGUCGUUUUCUUUACAUCCUGUGUGUUGGAACAGCUUACCUGUCGUUUUCUUUACAUCCUGUGUGUUGGAACAGCUUACCUGUCGUUUUCUUUACAUCCUGUGUGUUGGAACAGCUUACCUGUCGUUUUCUUUACAUCCUGUGUGUUGGAACAGCUUACCUGUCGUUUUCUUUACAUCCUGUGUGUUGGAACAGCUUACCUGUCGUUUUCUUUACAUCCUGUGUGUUGGAACAGCUUACCUGUCGUUUUCUUUACAUCCUGUGUGUUGGAACAGCUUACCUGUCGUUUUCUUUACAUCCUGUGUGUUGGAACAGCUUACCUGUCGUUUUCUUUACAUCCUGUGUGUUGGAACAGCUUACCUGUCGUUUUCUUUACAUCCUGUGUGUUGGAACAGCUUACCUGUCGUUUUCUUUACAUCCUGUGAGUUGGAACAGCUUACCUGUCGUUUUCUUUACAUCCUGUGUGUUGGAACAACUUACCUGUCGUUUUCUUUACAUCCUGUGAGUUGGAACAGCUUACCUGUCGUUUUCUUUACAUCCUGUGAGUUGGAACAGCUUACCUGUCGUUUUCUUUACAUCCUGUGAGUUGGAACAACUUACCUGUCGUUUUCUUUACAUCCUGUGUGUUGGAACAGCUUACCUGUCGUUUUCUUUACAUCCUGUGUGUUGGAACAGCUUACCUGUCGUUUUCUUUACAUCCUGUGUGUUGGAACAGCUUACCUGUCGUUUUCUUUACAUCCUGUGUGUUAGAACAGCUUACCUGUCGUUUUCUUUACAUCCUGUGUGUUAGAACAGCUUACCUGUCGUUUUCUUUACAUCCUGUGUGUUGGAACAGCUUACCUGUCGUUUUCUUUACAUCCUGUGUGUUGGAACAGCUUACCUGUCGUUUUCUUUACAUCCUGUGUGUUGGAACAGCUUACCUGUCGUUUUCUUUACAUCCUGUGUGUUGGAACAGCUUACCUGUCGUUUUCUUUACAUCCUGUGUGUUGGAACAGCUUACCUGUCGUUUUCUUUACAUCCUGUGUGUUGGAACAGCUUACCUGUCGUUUUCUUUACAUCCUGUGUGUUGGAACAGCUUACCUGUCGUUUUCUUUACAUCCUGUCCUGAUCAUCUUCCACUUCUGAUAACAAGGGGUGUCUUCCAGCUUAUAGCUGUUUCUUAGAUAGAUCUGUAACGUCUUGAUCCGCUGUCUGACUAGAUCUGUAAUGACUAGAUCCGCUGUCUGACUAUAUCCGCUGUCUGACUAGAUCUGUAACGUCUUGAUCCGCUGUCUGACUAGAUCCGCUGUCUGACUAGAUCUGUAACGACUAGAUCCGCUGUCUGACUAGAUUCUGUAACGACUAGAUCCGCUGUCUGACUAGAUCUGUAACGACUAGAUCCGCUGUCUGACUAGAUCUGUAAUGACUAGAUCCGCUGUCUGACUAGAUCUGUAACGACUAGAUCCGCUGUCUGACUAGAUCUGUAAUGACUAGAUCCGCUGUCUGACUAGAUCUGUAACGACUAGAUCCGCUGUCUGACUAGAUCUGUAAUGACUAGAUCCGCUGUCUGACUAGAUCUGUAAUGACUAGAUCCUCUGUCUGACUAGAUCUGUAAUGACUAGAUCCGCAGUCUGACUAGAUCUGUAAUGACUAGAUGCGCUGUCUGACUAGAUCUGUAAUGACUAGAUCCGCUGUCUGACUAGAUCUGUAAUGACUAGAUCCGCUGUCUGACUAGAUCUGUAAUGACUAGAUCUGCUGUCUGACUAGAUCUGUAAUGACUAGCUCCGCUGUCUGACUAGAUGCAGCAUCACAAUGGCCACAGUACUUACCAGUUACUGAAUUCAUUUCAAUCUAGAGGUAUUUUGUCAUUAAGCUUAAACCUAUAAAUUGCAAUAUAUAUAUAUUUAUAUAGCUGUAUGUGUGUACAGGAUGUGUGGUCAUGCACACAGUCACACAAUUACACAUACACAGAUACACACAGUCUUGUUUAACUAAACUGGUGGGGACAUACAAUUCAGUCCCAUUCAAAAUCCUAUAAAUACACACACAAGUCAUACUUAAAGCAGGAUCACUUAAUGUCAAUCAAAUAAUCAUAUGUGGAAUCAAACGUGUGCCAACACAGUUAAACACACACAAACACAUGGUCACACACACACACACAGUACAUUAGACUACCACUCGGACUGAUAGCGUGUUGAUGAACAUGUUUAGGUGUUAAAGGCAUGUGGAAGCACUGGGCAGGGUGACAUGGCAGAGGGGAGGAUGAGGAGAGGAGAGGAGGGGAGGGGAGGGGAGGAGUGGAGGGUCAGGAGAGGAGAGGAGGGUCAGGAGAGGAGGGUCAGGAGAGGAGAGGAGGGUCAGGAGAGGAGGAUCAGGAGAGGAGUGGAGGGUCAGGAGAGGAGAGGAGGGUCAGGAGAGGAGAGGAGGAUCAGGAGAGGAGUGGAGGAUCAGGAGAGGAGGGGUGAGUCAUGAGAGGAGGGGUGGGUCAUGAGAGAGUACUGUCAGGGGAGGGUCAGGAGAGGAGAGGAGGGUCAGGAGAGGAGAGGAGGGUCAGGAGAGGAGAGGAGGAUCAGGAGAGGAGGAUCAGGAGAGGAGUGGAGGGUCAGGAGAGGAGAGGAGGGUCAGGAGAGGAGUGGAGGAUCAGGAGAGGAGGGGUGAGUCAUGAGAGGAGGGGUGGGUCAUGAGAGAGUACUGUCAGGAGAGGAGGGGAGGGUCAGGAGGGGAGAGGAGUGGUGGGUCAGGAGGGGAGGGGAGUGGUGGGUCAGGAGGGGAGUGGUGGGUCUGGAGAGGAGAGGAGUGGUGGGUCUGGAGGGGACAGGAGUGGUGGGUCUGGAGAGGAGAGGAGUGGUGGGUCAGGAGGGGAGGGGAGUGGUAGGUCUGGAGAGGAGAGGAGUGGUGGGUCUGGAGAGGAGAGGAGUGGUGGGUCAGGAGGGGAGGGGAGUGGUGGGUCUGGAGGGGAGAGGAGUGGUGGGUCUGGAGAGGAGAGGAGUGGUGGGUCAGGAGGGGAGGGGAGUGGUAGGUCUGGAGAGGAGAGGAGUGGUGGGUCUGGAGAGGAGAGGAGUGGUGGGUCUGGAGGGGAGAGGAGUGGUGGGUCUGGAGAGGAGAGGAGUGGUGGGUCUGGAGGGGAGGGGAGUGGUGGGUCUGGAGAGGAGAGGAGUGGUGGGUCUGGAGGAGAGGAGUGGUGGGUCAGGAGGGGAGGGGAGUGGUAGGUCUGGAGAGGAGAGGAGUGGUGGGUCUGGAGAGGAGAGGAGUGGUGGGUCUGGAGAGGAGAGGAGUGGUAGGUCUGGAGAGGAGAGGAGUGGUGGGUCUGGAGAGGAGAGGAGUGGUGGGUCAGGAGGGGAGGGGAGGGGAGUGGUGGGUCAGGAGGGGAGUGGUGGGUCUGGAGAGGAGAGGAGUGGUGGGUCAGGAGGGGAGGGGAGUGGUGGGUCUGGAGAGGAGAGGAGUUGGGGGUUCAGGAGAGGAGAUAGUAUCAGGGAAUGGUGUGUGUGCCAUGUUUCAGGGUUUUAAUAGAGGAGUAUGAAUCACAGUUAGGAUCUGUGAGGCACGGGUCACUACAAAGCAUUUACAGUGUAUCCAAGGAGAUCAAGUCGUUUACUUGCAAUAAUAAGAUAAAAUGCCUUGUUAUACGGUUACCGCACAGUCAUUAUUUUAUAGUCAUUUAGAAUUAAGAUCAUUUUAAAAUCCUAAUUCUGGUCAUCCUUAAAUCUGCAUUUUGGGCUCUGUAUCCAGCCUCAAUCUCUUUGAAUCACUGUAACUGUAUUCUGAGGUGGCAGCAGUACAUAUCAGAGUUCACUGUUACUGUAUUCUGAGGUGGCAGCAGUACAUAUCAGAGUUCACUGUUACUGUAUUCUGAGGUGGCAGCAGUACAUAUCAGAGUUCACUGUUACUGUAUUCUGAGGUGGCAGCAGUACAUAUCAGAGUUCACUGUUACUGUAUUCUGAGGUGGCAGCAGUACAUAUCAAUGUUCACUGUUACUGUAUUCUUAGGUGGCAGCAGUACAUAUCAGUGUUCACUGUUACUGUAUUCUGAGGUGGCAGCAGUACAUAGAGUUCACUGUUACUGUAUUCUGAGGUGGCAGCAGUACAUAUCAGAGUUCACUGUUACUGUAUUCUGAGGUGGCAGCAGUACAUAGAGUUCACUGUUACUGUAUUCUGAGGUGGCAGCAGUACAUAUCAGAGUUCACUGUUACUGUAUUCUGAGGUGGCAGCAGUACAUAGAGUUCACUGUUACUGUAUUCUGAGGUGGCAGCAGUACAUAUCAGAGUUCACUGUUACUGUAUUCUGAGGUGGCAGCAGUACAUAUCAGAGUUCACUGUUACUGUAUUCUGAGGUGGCAGCAGUACAUAUCAGAGUUCACUGUUACUGUAUUCUGAGGUGGCAGCAGUACAUAGAGUUCACUGUUACUGUAUUCUGAGGUGGCAGCAGUACAUAUCAGAGUUCACUGUUACUGUAUUCUGAGGUGGCAGCAGUACAUAUCAGAGUUCACUGUUACUGUAUUCUGAGGUGGCAGCAGUACAUAGAGUUCACUGUUACUGUAUUCUGAGGUGGCAGUAGUACAUAUCAGAGUUAUUGUAAUAAUCUCACGAGGAAGCGUUGCACAAUAAAUAACCAGACGACAAUAAUUUCUACUAGGUACCAGGUAGCUAGACUUCAUAGUGAAACAGAGAGAGGCAGAUAAAACUGGCAUUUAAGAAAACUAACCAAUAGAUAUUAAGCGUUCAGUAAGGUGUCCUUAGUCCUGAUAGUGCUUGUACUAGUUAGUAUAAUUCUCAACUAAAGAAAAUGGCUUAUUGUUGUUCAUGAGCAUUUAUUUAAUCAACCACUAUGUCAGUGUUGUUUCACAUUGAGGUUAAGAGAAAAAAAAUGGCGUGUUUUUCCUUCCGUGGUCUUUUGAGCGUGGGGAUGGUUCAUAUUCAGGUGUAGUGUAGCAUGGAGCAUCACAAUGCAGUCUAUUUAUACACCGAGUGGUUGUGUGUUACUGCAAAGCAUGCUUGAAUCAACAUGAAGAAAUCCACUACCUUAUAGUAUCUAAGAAAUCAGACAUUACCCACUCUCUCCCUCUCUCACGCUGUCCCUCUCUCUCCUUCGCUCUCUCCCUCUCUCACGCUGCCCCUCCCUCGCUCCCUCUCACGUUGUCUCACUCCCUCUCUCUCCCUUUCUCACCCUGUCCCUCUCUCCUUCGCUCUCUCCCUUUCUCACCCUGUCCCUCUCUCUCCUUCGCUCUCUCCCUCUCUCACGCUGCCCCUCCCUCGCUCCCUCUCACGUUGUCUCAUUCCCUCUCUCUCCCGUUCUCACACUGUCUCUCUCUCUCCUUCGCUCUCUCCCUCUCUCACGCUGCCCCUCCCUCGCUCCCUCUCCUUCUCUCACGUUGUCUCCCUCCCUCUCUCUCCCUCUCUCACGCUGCCCCUCCCUCGCUCCCUCUCCUUCUCUCACGUUGUCUCCCUCCCUCUCUCUCCCUCUCUCACGCUGCCCCUCCUUCCUUCACACUCUCUGGUUUGUCUUUCCUUCUCAGUGGUGUAUUUUAGUAAAUGUUAUUUAAUAAGUUACUUGUAAAUCCAGUUGUUGGUCUUUGUCGAAUCCCAAACAUAAUCUGUCGGAAAAUCUGUUCAAGUCAGUUGUAAUGUAAUAAUUAGUUACUAAUGACCGCCAUAUCCGGGCGGCAGGUAGCCGGCUGCAGGUUUCAAGAUUGAAUCCUCGAGCUGACAAGGUAUAAAUCUGUCGUUCUGCCCCUGAACAAGGCAGUUCACUGUUCCUAGGCCGUCAUUGAAAAUACGUUUUUUUUCUUAACUGACUUGCCUAGUUAAAUUAAGGUCAAAUAAAAUAAAUAAAAAUAUCCUGCCAUUGGGGUUGGAACUGGUCUGCGUUUCUCCAUUUCUGUAUCUCUUCCUGAAUUUUACCCCCCCCCCCCCCACUUUAAGCGCUGGUAAAGAGCAGCCCUCUGCAUAACAGAGAUGAAGUGAUGACACAGGUCAUGAGAAGUGAGGCGUAAUGGCAGACUGGAACCAUGUAGAUAACCAAGACUGUAGAUGUCUGAUGUAAUCCAUUCUGAGGUUUACCUCUGUAUGUUGUGUCACUAAACCACCAGAGUCUGGCGCCCAGUCUAACAUCAGUCUCUAACUCAUGGAGAUCUGAGAGGAUUGGAUGUGUUGAAGCAAGAUGGUUGUUCAACUCUACGGAACCUUCCAGAAGGCUACUGUAGGUGGAGCUAUUGCCAUGUUGCUUAAACCCAUCAUGUGCUUUAGGAGCAACAAAAAAAGGGGGGAUGAUUUUGUAACGGACAAUAUUCUACACCUCAGCAUAAAAUAGGAAACAGAAUGUUGGAUUUCCUGAGCCGUGUAAAGUUGAGCACUUUCUUACCAUAAGUGUUAUUUAAGAUUUAAACAGCGAUUUGGUAUUUAUUAUUAUAUGGCACAAUUUUCAGCGGUUCUGCUAACACACUCCGAUGGAACUCGUUUCAGACUUUCUCUCACACACACACACACUGUCACAUGUUCGCAUGACUGUGUUUUUGAUUUCAGGAGGUUUGGGGUCAAUUCCACUUCUACUCCGUCAUUUCAGGAAGGGUCUGAAUUGAAAUGGACUUGACCUGAACCCUGAUAAACACAAGCAGAGCUCAAAAGGGGGAUAUAUUUUACGGUAUUUUUAUUGGUACACUAUCAACUUAUGAUUCCUUCACCUUUUGUAUCAUUCCAUCUCUGAAUACGUUUCCAAAAAAUGAGUAAAAGAAGUUAAAGACCCUUUUUAAAGAUGUUAAAUGAUUAUUUGUUGAUGAUGUUUGUGUAUUAUUCAUUUCUUCACAACUAUGGGAAGUCAAAAUGGUGUUUGUAUGUUGAAAUACACCCUCAAACGCCGACCUCUAACCCCACUUCUCUUUUCUGACUCUUCUCAUGUCUUAGCAGUUUCCUCAAAUUAAAACCCAACUAUUGGAGGUAUAGUUGGACUUAUUUUGGGUUUUUUUUCCCCUCAAUGUUCUGCAGCUUAUUAUUUCUAAAAUAAUAAUUUGAAAACAAAAAUGUGAUGCAAAAAGUGGAAAUUCCUCGUCUUCCAAAAUACUUUUAUCCCUGGAGCGAGUUUAGGAACAACCCCCUUGAAGUUUGUUACCCAGUUUGCACAAACAAUGGUAACAUUACCCUACCGUUGUGGCAAACCAUGGCACAACGUUUUCUCAACGUUGAGUGAACUGAAUUGUAUGUUAGCUAUUGGUCCAGCGUUGCGGACCCAUGUCAGGCUUGUGAUAUGAAGUGUAAAUCUGUUUUUUAUUUUGUGAAGAUCAGAUAGUGGUCUUCGUACCAUAACUAAGCCACGUUUGUAAUUGUAUAAUAUUUACUGUAAGAUGUAGGCCAUUGAAUAACUAUUAAAAUUUUCCUAUAAAAGGAA